UUUUAGAGAUGACAACGGACAAGCGACCAAACUUCUUACUCAUCGUAGCAGAUGAUCUUGGUUUCAGCGAUGUAGGUGCUUUCGGAUCAGAGAUCAGCACUCCAAAUCUUGAUAAGUUGGCGGAAACAGGUAUCCGUAUGACUGACUUUCAUACUGCCGCGGCUUGCUCGCCGACGCGCUCGAUGUUGUUGUCAGGAACUGACAACCAUAUCGCUGGCGUAGGAGUGAUGGCAGAACAGAAAAGACACGACUUGGACCGAUGGAACGCACCUGGACAUGAAGGAUACUUGAACCUGCGGGUCGCGGCGCUGCCUGAGCUUCUGCAGGAGGCCGGAUAUCAUACUCUGAUGAGCGGAAAAUGGCAUCUUGGUUUGAAACCAGAUUUCCUGCCCAGCAAGCGAGGUUUUGACCGUUCCUUCGCAUUGCUUCCUGGCGCAUCCAAUCACUACGGAUGGGAACCGCAAUUUAAUGAUGACAUGAUCAGAUUCUUGGAGCAAUUCCCACCACUGUACGCACGCGAUGGAGAAAAGGUUGACUUGAAACCCAAUACAGAUAACAAUCCCGAAGGGUUCUUUUCAUCCGAUUUCUACACAUCAAACUUGAUUCAAUACAUCGCGGAGAGGCCGAAAGAUAAACCCUUUUUCGCGUUCUUGCCCUUUUCUGCACCACAUUGGCCACUGCAGGUGGACAAAAAAUACCGAGACAAAUACAGGGGGGUAUAUGACGAAGGUCCCGAAGUUCUACGACAGAAUAGACUGUCGAAGUUGAAGGAAAAGGGUCUCGUACCUAAAGAUGUUGUGGCUCACGAUGUGAUAGCACCAGAGGAGAGCGAGUGGUCGCGAUUGACCGAUGAAGAACGCGCCCUCUCAGCCCGAGCCAUGGAGACUUACGCCGGGGUGGUAGAAAAUAUGGAUUGGAAUAUCGGCCGCAUUUUGGCAUACUUGGAUGAGAUCGGAGAGACUGAUAAUACCUUCGUGUUAUUUCAGUCUGAUAACGGAAGUGAGGGCGCAUCAUACGAAGCCAGGCCUGUGAUGGGCAGAGAUCUCAUGGCCGUCAUAAACAAAUAUUAUGACAAUUCACUGGAUAAUAUUGGCGAGCAUAAUUCGUUUGUAUGGUACGGGCCGAGAUGGGCUCAGGCAUCGACAGCUCCUAGCAGAUUAUACAAGAUGUACAGCACAGAAGGCGGUAUUAGGGUGCCACUAAUACUUAGCUAUCCGCCUUGGACCAAGUCCGAAUCCGUUGGCGGGAAGAUCGUGGAUGCCUUUGCAACUGUUAUGGAUGUGACUCCCACAAUCCUCGAGCUUGCCAACGUUCAUCAUCCAGGUACAGGGAAACUCUUUAGGGGAAGGAAAGUAGAAGAACUGCGGGGGAAGUCGUGGGUUGAAUACUUCAGCCAUAUCAGAGAUGACCCAAAAGCUAUUCAUGGCCCCAAAGCUAUUCAUGGCCCCGAAGAUCCUGCGGUAGGCUGGGAAUUGUUCGGGCGCGCAGCACUUCGACAUGGUAAGUGGAAGAUCCUUUUCAUGCCGGACUGGUCACAUGGGACCGGGAGAUGGGAGCUGUACGACCUUAGCACGGAUGGCGGAGAGACCAAAGACCUGUCGCGAGAGCAACCCGAAAAACUACAGGAGCUCCUGAUUCUUUGGGACAACUAUGUCAGGGAAACCGGAGUCGUGUGGGGAAGCGCAUUAGGUCCGCUACCAGUCGAGACAGAUACAGAUCACAAAGACGUUAUUGGAGGUGAUCCUAUAGAAGAUACUCGAGCCUGGAUGCCUGGACGUGGUCGAAGCACCCUUGGGCCGACCAUCUAGCUGUCAUUGUACCCAGACUGCUGGCAACAAAGAUACAUUUUCGUGACUGUACCCAAAUUGCUGGCAAUACAGAUACAUUUUCGUGCCUUCAC